GCAGAAUUGAACCGUUGCGGAACUAUUGUAUUCCAAGUUUCUUUAUGGAAUAAAUAUCCACAGAUACUUAUUGUUAGUUAUUUGACUCUUUAUUCUUGCUGAUAUCUAUGGCUACUAAUAAACCAAAGAGGAACUUCUUUAGAAGAAAAGGAGGACAUAGAAGAAAUGAAGAAUCAAGUUCAGAGGAGUUCUUCAAUAUGGUCAAAAGACAACUAGAUAAAACAAUUUUAACUGAGAGAUAUCGAGAAGCCCAGAGAUUAAAAUGUGAAGCACUCUUGGAAGGAUUAGCCAUUAGUUCUCUUCCUUUGUCAGUUCUUCAUUUAUUGGGCCCUUCGAGUGACUGUGGCUGUGGUUGUGAAAGUGCUGAGAAUUCUGGUAAUGAUGGUGAAGAAGUCUCUGAUAAACCUUAUGGACCAUUAAAUCAGGUUGAAACUGAUUUGGAAUUAAUAUGCGAACACUUCGUGUUGCCUGAUAACAUACCAAUAGAUGCCAUGAGGAAAACGCUUGCCGAACCAGAUGAGAUUGGUGGAGAUCCUCCAUUUCAUAUUGCCAUCUACGAUGAAGAUAUAGAUGUCGUGAGGGCGAUGCUUAAUUUUGGUGUAGAUGUCAACUGCAAGGGAGCAUAUGGUCAAACUCCCAUUCUAACUGCUACUAUAGUUGGCAGUAUUCCAAUCUUAGAACUGCUUGUUGAAAAAGGUGGGGAUUUGACUAUGGUCAAUUAUAACAAAUCCUCUGCUUUGCACAUUGCUGUUCUACAAGAAUGGCCAAAGACCACCAGGUGGCUUUUGAAUAAAGGCUUGGAUAUAAAUGCAUUAGAUUCUACUCUUUCGACCCCUCUUCAUUUGGCGGCAUUUGAUGGAAACAUUCCAAUGGUUAAACUGCUUAUUGGAAGGGGAGCAAAGAUAGAUAUUCGUAAUGAAGAUGGUCAUACUCCUUUUGAAAUAGCAAGAGCAAUAGGAACUCCUCAUCACAAGAUAAUUGCUGGUAUUCUCCGAUCAAGAACACCAAAAAAUUUCUAUGCUCAAAAACAAGAAUCCGUAAACUUGUCUCUUGAUAAAUGAUUUGGAUUCAUUGUUAGUAUUCUCACCUGAUCUGGUUUUACUUUUAUUUUAUAAAAUAUACAUUAUGUGAACAUUAGAUUAAUGACUUAAUUAUAACUAUUGUAAAAAUAUAAAUUAUUUGUAUAGACUGAAAACUAGGUUUCUAAGUUCUGGACAGUAUCCUAUUUCUGUUAUUGUUAAUUUUUCAUCUUAUUAAUUAUUAUUAAUAAUAAUUUGCCAAUCAUGAAUCAGGGUAAUUUAAUUCUUAUUUUAGCUAUUCAAAGGUAAAUUUGUUUUUUAUUUUCUUACAAUCUUUAACUAUUUCAUUUUAAAAAAUAUUCAUGAAUACAUAAUGAUACUAUUCUUUGACAUUAAUUUUGUCUUUUUAAUUUGAUAUCUAUAUUCACUUUUACUGUAAUCACUUUUCAAAAUGUGAUAUUAAAAAAAUUGUGAUAAACAACAUUUGUUAAUUUGGUUGUUAAAAAUUUCGGCUAAGUGGCAAUGUAAUUGUCAAAAGAUAUUUGGUAUAUGUUUACAUUCAGAAAGCCAGUUUGAUAUUUACUUAGUGAGAUAUUGUUUAAGUUUGUGAUAUUGUAGUAUGUUGAAAUAAAGUUCCUUUUACAAUA